GAGAAAAAAAACAAUGCGACUCAGUAAUCAGCUGUCGUUCGUGCGAGAACAACAUUCGGCAUUGCAUUGAAAUACAUUUGUUUCGUCCAUACAACAAUUCUUUGCCUUGAAAUCGUUAGAAAAUCGUGUUUAAGUGAUCGGACGAAGGGACGGUAUUGAUAGCUCGAAACGGAGAAAAAAGAGAAAGAAAUUGACGGGCAAACGUAAACGAAGAGAAAGAAAAACAUGUCGAAGUGGCCGCUUGAUCAGUAUGAUGUAAACGGUUUUGCUGUUAUCGAAGAUUUCUUAACGGAAGAAGAGGCAAACGAACUACAUGAAGCUGGACUGGAAUUAUGCAAAAAUGCACCCGAAAAUGAUCGUGCAGUGUUCAACACCGAAAAUAAAUCAUCACACUUGAAAGAUAAAUAUUUCCUCAAUUCGGCCAAUAAAAUCCAUUAUUUCUACGAAAAUGGUGCACUGGACGAUCAGGGAAAUUUGCUGGUGAAUAAAAGCGUUUCACUUAACAAGGUUGGUCACGCACUCCAUGCACUUAAUCCAACGUUCAAAAAGUACACAUUUGACGAACGUGUCAAAAAUAUAGCGAAACAGCUUGGCUUCAAAAAGCCAACCAUUCCACAGAGCAUGUUCAUUUAUAAAAAUCCGAAAAUUGGCGGUGAAGUUAAACCGCAUCAAGAUGCAACGUACUUACACACGGAACCAAUAUCAAUAACGGGUUUCUGGAUUCCGACCGAAGAUGCGACGCUGGAAAAUGGUUGUUUGUGGUUCAUCAAGGGAUCCCAUAAGCAUGGUUUGGAUAAUCGUUUGAUUCGCAAUCCAGUUCGAAAUUCCGAUGAAUUUCUCGUGUAUGACAAACCGUCACCGGCUUAUUCACAAGACUUAUUCGUAGCGGCCCCAGUUAAGAAAGGAUCGUUGGUUGUCAUCCACGGAUUAGUGGUUCAUCAGAGCGAAUUGAAUCGAUCGGAGAAGAGCCGUUUUGCCUAUACAUUCCAUGUAAUGGAAACGGACAAUGUAAAGUAUUCACCCGAGAAUUGGCUGCAAUUACCAAAAGGCGAACACUUCCCAGAACUUUAUUAACAAAAUUAAAAUUCAAAUGCACUUGAGCUCUUGUUUCAAAUGCGUUGCUGUUAUUGCUGUUGUUGUUGUUAUUGUUGAAGAAUAAAUGGCUUGCAAUAGCACACAAAGUACA